AUGAAUUUUUACAAACAUGAUUGUCAAGGAGGUGCUACGCAGACCCUCUUAACCUCAAGUCUUCUGCUUUUAACUUCAUUAACUAGAGUUAAAGCAACAAAUUACGCGUUACCACCUCCUGAUAUUCCUGGGAUACCACAACAACCAAGUAACAAUAAUUAUCCCAACGCAGAAUAUGCGAGGCUAGUAUCUUACUCUUUAUAUUUUUAUGAAGCACAGAGAAGUGGAAAAUUACCUAAUAAUAACAGAGUAUCAUGGAGACAUGAUUCAGCUUUAAACGAUGGUCAAGACGUUGGCCUUGAUUUAAGUGGGGGUUAUUAUGAUGCAGCUUUAGAAUGGGGUAAUGGUUAUCAAUUAUCAAAUCAAACCCAAUAUUUAAAUGAUAUGAUAAGAUGGGGUACUGAUUGGUUAAUAAAAGCAAGUUCAAAUACUACGAACAGUACUGGUAAUCUAUACGUGAUGGUCGGUAACCUUAAUAAAGAUCAUAAUUAUUGGGGACCUGAUACAAAUAUUCCUACUCCACGUCCAUCUACAAAUGUUAACUCUACUGCUCAUGGUACAGAUGUUUCAGGCGCUGCUGCUGCUGCAUUGGCUGCAUCAUCUUUACUUUAUUUAAAUCAAUUUAAUGAUUCCGUAUACGCUGAUAAACUUUUAACUUAUGCGAAAAAUUUAUAUUCCUUUGCCGAAACGACUCCUUUCACAAAAUAUUCAAUUUCUGCUCCCCAAGUCGCUGAUGCUUAUAGUUCGUCUGAUUAUGCUGACGAAUUAGUCUGGGGUGCUCUUUGGUUAUAUCGUGCAACAAAUGAUAAUAGUUAUCUUAACAAAGCUGUUGAUUAUUAUAAUACUAAUUCAAUUGUUAAAAAAUUAGUUUUUAAUUGGGAUGAAAAAUCUGGUGGAUGUUAUGUGUUGUUUGCUCAAUUAUUUCAACAAUCUGGUCAAGAUUCAAGCAAGUGGAAAUCUUUGGCCGAAAAAUAUUUGGAUAGUUUUUUAAAUCAAUCUGAUGCUUGUUCAUUAACUAAUGGUGGUCUUCUUUGGUGUUAUGGGGAUAGUAAUCAAGAUUCUUUAAACCCAGCUAUCAAUAUUGCUUUCCUAUGUUUAAUUUAUGCUCCGAUUGCUACUUCAUCUGCUAAAUCUCAAGCAUAUAUUAAUUUCGCUAUGUCACAAAUUGAUUACGUUCUUGGUAAAAAUCCUAUAAACGUACCAUACGUCAUUGGUGUUCAUCCAAACUCACCACAGAAUCCUCAUCAUGCUGGUGCUUCUGGUGGAAUUGAUGUAAAUAAUUUGAAUAAUCCUCCUCAAACUCAACAUAUUUUAUAUGGUGGAAUUGUAGGUGGUCCAGAUCAGAAUGAUCAAUAUAGUGAUUCAAGAAGGGAUUAUAUUCAAUCUGAGGUUGCAUUGGAUUAUAAUGCUGCAUUUCAAGGUUUAAUGGCAUAUCAAACGAUAAAUUCUCAUUCUGAUCCUUAUUAUGUUAAUGUUCCUCCUGGUAGACCAAAACCAAAGAUCAGCAGUCUUGAGGUCGUGUGCAACAUGUGA